AUGUCAAGAAAACAUAAAGCUGUAAGUGACAUAUCAUUCACAUCUUCAAAUGAAUUCCAUGCUGUUUCAAUACAAACUGAUGAAUUAUCUGAAUUUCCACAGGUGCCUGUACCAGUUGAAGAUAAUUUUGAUCAUUUUGAGUAUGAUGCCACAGUAGAAAAUGAACAACAGUUUUUGUAUCAAUUAGCACUGUUUUAUCUUAAACUGCAGGGAAAAUAUUUGUUGCCUGUUUCAACAAUUCAAAAUAUCAUAUCAGAAUUUGAAGAAUGUCAUGAAACAAGUCAGUCAAUGUUGUUUAAGCGACUUAGUAGAAAAAUGGAAAUACUAGGGGUAUCUCCUGCAAUUGUUUCUGAAAUAAAAGCUGAAAUUUAUUCUUAUGACAUGUUUACAAACUGCAAUAAUGGGCCCUUAAGAUCGGCAGCCAAACGCUCUACUUUUUACCACAAGUAUUUUGCUUAUUGUAACUCUGUUGAAGUAUUUAUUGGAUUUGACAGGCUACAGAAAAAAAGAACAUACCAAUAUGUCCCUAUUACUCAGUCUAUAGCAUGUCUUUAUCAACAUUAUGCAUCUCAUUUUAAGUUCUUCAAUUGUGCUACAUGUACAAACAGGAGUGAUACUCUACAUGAUGUGUAUGAUGGUAACGUGUUUAAAGAAAAUUCUAUUUUCAGUGAUACAAAAUCUGUUUCAAUCAUUUUAUACCAAGAUGCCUUUGAGGUUGUUACUCCUUUAGGUUCGGCUAAGAAAAAGCAUAAAAUGGUUGGUGUGUAUUAUACACUUGCAAAUUUUGAUGUAGAAAAACGUUCAAACAUAGAUCAUAUGCAAUUAGUAUUGUUAUGUCCUGAACAUGAUUGGAGAAAUUUCUCAAUUAACAUUGUGUUUGAAAGGCUUAUCCAUGAUUUAAAAGUUUCAGAAAAAGAUGGGAUAGCAGUAAAUGGUGAACUUAUUAAAGGAAGUUUAUUAUGUAUAUGUGGAGAUAAUUUGGGCUCACAUAUGAUAGGAGGUUAUGUUGAAAGUUUUUCUGCUCACUACUUCUGUAGAUACUGUGAAAUAAGUAGGACAGAUAUGCAGUUGAAUGCAAGGGCUUGUCCUAGAAACAUUAUCAGGUACAACAGCUCUGUAAAUUUAGUUGGUGAAAGUGAGUCUUUUAAGGGUAUUAAAAGAGGUUCACCUUUUAACACCCUCCAAUUUUAUCAUGUAGCAUCUCCAGGCUUACCUCCAUGUUUGGGUCAUGACUUAUUUGAAGGGGUUGUGAGCUAUGACAUGGUUCUUAUUAUUAGAUAUUUAUUGCAAGCAAAGUGGUUUACUUUAGAGCAGUUAAAUCAUAGGAUAAGCAGCUGGCCUUAUGCAGGUGUAGAUAAGUUAGAUAUACCAGCACCAUUUAUUAGUAACUCAGAAAAACUUGGUGGACAUGCUGUACAAAACUGGGUGUUUUUAAGGUUGUUUUCAUUAAUUGUUGGAAACUUUGUGAAAGAUCCUUUUGAUAGAGUUUGGCAGAUGUACCUGAAUUUAAAAUCUAUUGUAGAAAUACUCACUUCAGCCUCUCUUUCUGUUGAUCAGAUUGCAUUUGUAAAUGUUUGCAUAGAAGAAUAUCUUUUUGACAGACAAAAACUUUUUCCUGAUAAACCACUUAAACCUAAGCACCACUUCCUGUUACAUUAUCCAGAACUGACCAUUGCAUUUGGUCCAUUAAUACAUUUGUGGACAAUGCGAUUUGAAAGUAAGCACACUUACUUUAAAAGAUGUGCUAGACAGCUUCAUAAUUAUAAACAUUUGGCAAAAACUCUUGCAGGUAGGCAUCAGAUGCUUCAGGCGUAUUACACUAGUGGUUCCCUGUUUAGAAAAAGUCUUAUUUAUCAGAAAAGAAGUCCCUUGCACCGUUCCAUUUACAAUGAGCAAAUACAGCAAGUUCUUGACAAAGAUAAUUUAUUUGACAAUAAUACUGAAGUUUGCUUGUCAGCCAUUUUCAAGAAUACUGAGUAUAAGGUUGGAUGUUGUUUAGUUAUUUCUGGGGAUGAAGCUAUUGAGCUUAAUAUAGGCAAAAUAGAACUGAUAUUGGUGAAAGAUGGUGGACUUUUUUUUAUUGUUUUAGAUAGUUUAUACAAGUUUGUUAGUGAAUUGGGAGUUUAUCAGCAGGAUUCUUGCUCUACAAAUUAUACAUGUGUCAGUGUGUUAAGCCUCAAAUGUCAUAUGCCGGUUCCAGUUUAUGAAAUUCGUAACAGUAAUUUUGUGACACUGAAAAGUUGGCAUAAUUAA